GGGCCAUGGGACAUAUGGCGUCGAGGUCACCAUCAUAGGAAGGCAUCCCAUCUACCGCGCGAAACUCUCUCAGUAGCUCACACUUCACGACCUAAGAGCCCGCGUGGAAUCGAACUCGACAGACCGAAGUGACUGCCAUUGUCAUCCUACCCAUCGCCCACCAUGUCAGCCCAGACAAUGGCGCAAGCGCGCGCAGUCGUACGCGAACUCAACGGCGUCGUCGUGAGCGCCGGGCUCAUGCAAAAGACAGUCAAAGUGCGCGUGGGUGGCCAGCAAUGGAAGCAAAAGGUUCAAAAGAUGUUCACGAAACCAACGCACUACCUAGUCCACGACCCCAACUCAUCCCUCCGCACAGGCGAUGUCGUUUCUAUUGUUCCCGGAUGGAGGACGUCACCUCACAAGCGUCACGUCGUCAAGAGCAUCAUCGCGCCCCACGGUACCCCCAUCUCAGCGCGUCCGCCGGUGCCGACCGAGGACGAGAGGAUUGCGGCCAAGGUUCAGAAGAGAGAAGCAAAGGUUGCUAGAAGAGAGACGCGGAGGCAGGAGAAGUCUUCAAAAUCAAACCCUGAGCCCGAGGUCGACUGAGGGCUUGGUCUGACGGAAAGGAAAAAAACUAUCUUACACACAGAACCAGGAAAAGGUUCAGUGUGGAUUGCAACACAACACUGUACAACAAAAAUGAGGAGGGGAAGAGGGUUGAUACAGCGCUGGGCAUCGUCUUUAGUCAACGACGUCCUUGGCCUGAUAUGUAGUUGGAGUCGUGUGGGCGAAGCUUCAAGGUCACUGGCGAAUCAUCGUACAAACGCCAGCACUAUUGUAGUAGUCUUGUCUGAGCCAUUUACGCAAAAUAUUUUGUA